GUAUUCGAGAGUGAAUUCCACAUACCCUAUCUCUUCCAGUCUUCCUACGCUCCUGUCGGCGCGUCCUCCGCAUCCCGGUGACCGGUGUGUUCUCCGAUUUGAGGGGCGUCCCUCGCACGCUCCGGUCUGCUGCUCCUCCGCCCUCCGGAGUCCAUUCCAGCGGAGCGCGCUACGGCACAGAUCGGCCGCCGUCCAUCCCUUUCCCAGCUCUCCAGAGCCUCCGCUGCCGCGUCCGGUGAGCACGUCUCGACCGGUUUCCAGGUAGUCACGUACCGCACCUGUGCCUCUAUCUAUCCUCUCCUCGCCGUAUGCCUCUUGGCGAUUUCUAUUAGUUUUUCAUUGUCACUUAGUUUAAGUCAGCUGCUGGUCUGUUCUCGCUGUCUUUCCAUACUGGUAGGUCCAUGGCUUCAGCUAUUAGCUCUGAGCGGUUUGGUGUCCAACAGUUCCAAUAUGCUUGUCGAACUGAUGAACUAAGACUAGUCUCUGGUGGUUUCACGAGAGGAUUAUGGGCAUUAAAUAUGUUGAUGUGGCAUAUUAUUAACGAAGAGAGAUAAGAUAACUGCAUAAGGCCGAGCUCAUGCAAAAUGGUGCUAUGCCAGGGCGUAUCUGUUGGAAAUGCUCAGUUGCUAGCUUUUCCUGGUAGAUCAUCAAGCCUUAAGAGCACCCAGUUUCUUGUUAAAACGAAUCAUUUUCCUGCAAGAGCUCUACGUGUUGGUACUGAUUCUAUUCAUCAUGCCAUGCCUACAUCAUCCCCAAGGGAAAAUUCUGUCAGGGGAAUCCCAUCACUAUCAAGACAGCACAAUCAGCAUCCAAGGUCCGUUAGUUGUCAGGCAUCCUCACUGGCAUCUUUCAGCUACCCUGAGCUGACAUCCAAACCCAGAUGGUGGUGGAGAACUCUAGCUUGUGUGCCGUACUUGCUGCCACUGCACAACAUGUGGUCUUAUGCUGACGUGAUCUACCAGCUGCACACUUAUUUGCAGGGGUUUUCUCUGUUGUACACCUUCAUCGAUACCAUGACUCUGUGUCCUGGGUGGCUCUUUCUGGUGAUAUUUAUGACAGUGUACUUCUUCGUUGUGAGGCGGAAGUGGUCGCCGCACUUUCUGAGGUUCCAUGUGAUCCUAGCAAUCCUUCUGGACACUGGCUCCCAAGCAGUGGCCACCAUGUGUACAUGGAUGCCAAGCAUCGUUUAUCAGGGGAAGCCAAUGCAGUACCUCUGGAUGUCUAUUGCAUUCAUACAGAUCUUCACAGUGCUCGAGUGUUUGCGGUGUGCUCUUUGUGGAAUGUAUCCUAAUGUCCCAUUCAUAUCCCAUACUGCUUUCAUUCACUCUGAUCUAAAUCUGUUCAGAUAGGUGUUUAUAAGGUCCGGGAUUCAAGAAGGGUGAUUUUUUUUGAAAUGGCUACUUAUCAUAGGACCAGCUGGUACAAUAGCAUUCGAACAACACUGCGAUUGAUUUUUGUUCCUAAGAUGUUAUUCAAUGUACGUUGACUACCUGCAAAUUUUGUUUUGAGGGGCACUACUUGUUUUAUCCGAACUUGGUUGAGAACUUGAGAUGAAGCUGGAAGUUGAGAUGCAUUAAAUUGUGCAUUAUAUGGUGACCUGCAGCUCUAAGUUGAGAACUUGAGAUGAAGCUGGAACAGAAUGGAGGGGUUACGAAGAAAUUUUGAGACUUGUACUGCCUGUGAAGUUUACUCUUUCCAUGAGGACUUUGUGAAUAUUUUGCCUAACAACAGUUUGGUAGAGUUUGGGAAAGAAACAACAGUUCAUUGAA